AUGCGGCAGUGCUAUGAAAGUGCGGCAGUGCUAUGCACAAUGGUUCCUUCUGGCAUGAGUAUUCCACCGCCAUCAUCUGGUUCCCGAGGUCCAAUUUGCUACUCCUGUGAUCAGCAGCUAUAUCCAGAUUCGUGCCAUAUCAUCAAAGAAUGCAGUAGAGAUGAGGUGUGUAUGUUACAACGCUUUGAAAGCCAAGUGGGACAUGAUCUGCUGUAUUCAUCUAAUUGUGUUAAACCAUCUGUGUGUGCAGAAAAGAAACAGCAAUAUCAAAGCGGAAUUAUGUUUGGGAAGAGGAAUUCAAGAAUUCGUAUACGUGGUAAAGAUGUUGAAAUAGAAACAGUUGAUAUUGGUGUUCCAAGUAAAUCUAGCACCGAUACAGAAAACUGUGUAUUGAAAUGUUGCUCGAGCGAUUUAUGCAAUGCUGACUGUUCAGGGGCCAGUGUAGUAAGUGUUGUCCACGUUCCUCAAACAACCCCAGCACCUACAACUACACAAACACCGUCUACAACGUCUCUGGCUACUUCAGCACAGACCACAGCUUCUCCAGCACAGACCACAGACUGCCGUGAUUCUAGGAAUGAUUGCUACUUAUACUAUAAUUCCCAAUGUAAUACCAACUGGGGUCUACAGCACUGUCGCAAAACAUGCGGACACUGUCAUGCUCAGCCAGCUCAGACCACAGAUUGCAGCGAUUCAUACCAAGAUUGUUACAGAUACUAUCAAACUCAAUGUAAUAGUACGUGGGGCCUACAAAACUGCCGCAAAACAUGCGGACUGUGCAAUGUUGCCUUUAAUGAUCCUUGCAUUGAUCAUACAGUCUGCUAUCAGCAUCUACACAACUGUAAUGAACACCGUGAUUGGGCUAUGAAGAAUUGUAUACGAUCCUGUAACCUUUGUCAAGGCAGCCGAUCAACAUAAGGUCUUGGUAUUUGAGGACUACUAUUGAUUUUCUAACCUGUUAUGUCAGGUUCACCGAAAUAAAUAUUGUUUACCAGAUUUCGUUUUACUGAUUAGGAGGACUUAAGCGUCUGUUCCUAAAUAUAUUAUAAGUAUUUUGUUUGGACAUUAAAGUUGCCUAGUCAUUAUAUGAUAGCCGGGAGUAUGCUUUAAGAAAUUGUUUUGUAACAAACGCUGUCUUCUAUUAAAAUAUAAUAUCUGUACCUAGAUACAAUGCAGACAGGAAAUAUUAGAAACUAAAAGAAACUAAAAACAAGAUCUUAAUCUAAAAAACAAUAAGUGAUGUUUUUGUGUAUUAAUAAGUACAAAGUUUUGAAUGUUUUCCUGAAAGUUUUUCAUUAACUGUGCCUUAUUUCAAAUAUGUAUAAGAUAACAUAAGAGCAAAGUAUCUUCCACCAAGUGAACACAA